GCACAAUCAAUGAGUGAUUGAAUGAACAGUGAGGGAGAGUCCUGGCUGACGGCCCGACCGAUGCCAUCAAUCAGUCGACAAAGGAAAGAGUCACGCCAACACAGCACUCACGAACACGCCUUGUCGCGUCGCGUACACACGCACAUAUCUGAGCUGCCUUCGUUGUCAGUCAGACACCGGCCAUGCCAUGCGUAUGUACAGCGAUGGAUGGAUUGGAUCCUUGGCAGCGGUCAGGGAGCACCAUGUACAUGCGAACGUAUGAUGCCUCAUGCACGGCAAUGCACCAUCGUCGGCCCACACCCACACACAUGUCAGCCAUGCUCUCGAUGCAGGCAGGGCGGGCGGGAGCAUGCUCACACAGUCAUGAUUUCCUUGUCUUUGAUCUUGUAAGUCUCGUCAAUCUCCUUGACAAACUUGUCUGUCAGCUUCUGAGCCUCGCCCUGCACAUCCAUCAUAGGUAGGAAAUGACAGACCACACCAGCGAGUGCGGGCCGGUAGGUACCUGAAAGUCUUUGCUUUGGUCUUCGCUCAGCUCUGAGUCUUUCUCCAUCUUCUUGAUGGAAUCCACCACAUCCCGACGAAUGUUCCUUACAAUACAACCACACACAGCCACACGCACACACGUGCCCGCCGGUGCGAGGGAUGUCUGAGUGUGUGUGUGGGCCGGGCCACCCACCUUAUUGCCACCCGGCUGUCUUCGGCAAUCUGCUUGGCUUGCUUGGCGAUGCCCUUCCUGCGAUGACAUCGCAGACCAGACACACAGAGAGGCAGACAGACAGGACAAUACACACAGAAAUGCACAGAGCGCCACUGAUUGGCUGUUUAUUUGCCUCUACGACAUUUGGCUGAGAUAGCUGGCUGACCUCCUGUCUUCGGUCAUCGCUGGAACGUUGAGCCGGAUGCACCUACCCACACACCACACAGAGCAGGCCGGCCCAUUCAAUUCACGUGCUGGUAUGUAUGGUCGAUGGAUGCUCUUUGCUUGUGUGUUCCCUCCCACGCCCUGCCGUGUCUGUCUGUCUGUCUGUCUGUCUGUGUGUCUGUGAGUCAGUCUGACUUUCCAUCGCUGUUUGGCGUGAGUCCCAGUUCCGACUGCAGGAUGGCCUUCUCGAUCACCGGGAUGACGCUCUUGUCGUAAGGGUCGAUCCUCAGUGUUGACGCGUCAGGCGCACCGUAACCUCAACCAACACACAACAUAAUACAACACACAAGCAAAGGUAGACAGACGAUAAAUAAGGUGAAUAAGGGUCGUGCGACGCCCAGCACUGACUCGCCAGCUGUUUGAGCGGCGUCGGUGUCCCGUAGUACUCAAUGCUGAUGCGGUCCAACAUCCCCGGACUGCACUCACAACCACCAGUAUACCACCAAUCAUGCCAUGCAGCGCAGGCAGCAACCAACGGCCACUUCUCCCAUCCCUCCUCCCUCUCCCUCCCUCCCUCCCUCCCUCCCAACUCACUUGGCUCUGCCCGUCCUGAGAGUGGCGAGGUUGUUGCGCAAUGCAUCGAGGCUCUUCUGCAUGCGCUCCUCGCCGUCGAGGAGGUACUCGUUGGCCAUCGAUGGGCCAUCCUCCUGCAUCCACACACCCGACGCCGACCGAUGGCGUGACACAUGGAGGGGCAGAUGGGACCGCCAGAGCCGAGAGGGGGGCAGGAAGGCAAAGCUGUGGCGGUAGCCCAGCAGGUGGUCUAUCAGGCAGAGAGCCAUGGAUACGCGCAGGGACGCUGACGCCGCCAUGAAUAUGAAUGAAACCUCAAGAUCCACACUCGAUUUGCGCCAGCGACCACGCAACUCGUGUUUGCUGAUCAGAUGACCGCUGGAAACGUCGCUGCUUCUUCAGAGC